CAAUAUCUAUAUAUGAAAGUAAAUGUCAAGAAUAUAUCGCUGAAUAAAAAAAAGUUAGUUGUUGUUCAUAUUAUGCGCUCUUGCAGCUUAUCGAUGUUUGCAAAGAUGUUAGAAUCAAAUGUGAUUUCGAACAGUAACUGCACACAAUAUGGCGUCUCAGUCGAAUAUGCGACAAUCGAAUUCUCGCAAAAGCUUGCAAGCGGCCAGUUUGAAAAGUCGUGGUGCAAUGAUAAUGAAAAGCGUAUCGAUUUUGAUAGUUAAUAGCCGGCGAAUCUGUAACCAACGCAGCAAAGAAACAACCACGAAAAAUGGCAAAAGUGGUAAAAAUCGAAAUCGACCAAACAAAAUGGACGACUCGAUUGGCAAACCAACGCCAAAAAUAUUGGAAACGUUAAAACGAAAAACGCACUUUUCCAAAAAAGAACUAACGAUUCUGUGUAAAAUCUAUCGAAAAUUGGUUCUCAACUGUUACAAUCCGAAUAACAAAGGAAAAACUGGCAUUAAUAAUGUCAUAUCAAGGCCACAUGGUGGUGCAGAGGGAAUUGAUCGAAAUGUAUUCCGUGAAUUGUUGCAUAGUACAUUUGAUAUAUCGGCCGAAGAGACGUUAAUGGAACGGAUAUUCACGUCUUGGGAAAAAGGUAGCGAGGGUUUACCACUGCGAUUGGAAAGUUGGAUAUGUGGUAUAUCGGUCUUUUUGCGCGGAACUUUAUUUGAAAAAGCAACAUUCUGUUUUCGUGUUUAUGAUUUAAACACCGACGGGUUUAUCACCAAAGACGAAAUGUUUUCAUUGAUGAAAAAUUGCCUUAUCAAACAGCCACAAGACGAAGAUCCCGACGAAAGUGUGAAAGAUCUUAUGGAAAUCGCAUUGCGAAAAUUCGAUGUUGAUAAAGAUGGAAAAAUUUCGUUUCAGGACUAUUUGACAACAGUAUCUGGUGAACCAUUACUCUUAGAAGCAUUCGGUCAAUGUUUGCCAUCCGAAACGGCAACAAUUUCAUUUUUGACCGCAUUCCAAAAUUAACACAUUAAUUUCUUUGUAGUGGAUUAUCACUGUUUUUCUUUGCCUUUCUUCUUUUCUUUCUUUUCUUUAUGUUUUGCAAUCCGUGUUGGCGGCACUUUGGUCGAUGAACGUAAUUCAGUCUCUCCCAUGUAUGGCUGUAAUACCUCUGGAACACGUAUUGACCGCGAUGUCUGUUUUAAAACCGAAAAAAUUCGUUAAAAUUAAGAAUAUCAAAUAAAUAAUAAAAUGACAAAAAAAAACGAACU